AUGACUCCAAUCAUGAUAAAGGCGGUCGUUAAACACGUCCGUCGGUUCCCGUGGGUCACCAAUGUGACGUUAUACGGUUGCCUGUUCGCGGGGGGCGACUUUGUCCACCAAUGGUUUUCACAACGGGACCAAAUGGAUUGGAGACAUACGCGGAAUGUCGCCGUGGUCGCUUUCAGUUUCCAUGGCAACUUCAAUUUCUUUUGGAUGCGCUUUCUGGAGCGCAGAUUCCCGGGGAAUUCUGCCGGGAUGGUGCUGAGGAAGCUGAUUCUGGAUCAGACCACGGCUGCGCCCUUGGCCACAAGCGUCUUCUACACAGGUGUCAGUUUCUUAGAGGGCAAAGAAGAUAUCAUGGAAGACUGGAGAGACAAAUUCCUUAACACUUAUAAGACUGGACUAAUGUUCUGGCCGUUCAUGCAGUUUCUGAACUUUGCCUUGGUGCCUCCGUUUGUGCGGACCACCUUCAGUGGCUGCUGUGCCUUCGUGUGGGCCACCUUCUUGUGCUUCUCGCGUCAAAGUGGUGACGGCACCGCUGGUGCGGCACUUGCAUGGAUGUUCCCCUCCAAAGAGGACGCAGUGGAGAAGACAGACAAUGUUAAACGGAAGCAACUUACCUCUCAAGAUGCAGCGGUAAAUCCUCCAUCUAAACACAAGUGA